CUCUCUCUCUCUCUCUCUCUCUCUCUCUCUCUCUCUCUCUGUCAAAUCACCUAGGUUUAAGGACAAACCACCUAGUCUGGACCAUAGUGUCUGUGUUUUCUGAAUCUAUGUAAAUCUAUGUAAAUCACACACCAUGGCGGAGGAGGAGGAGAAGGAAGAGGGGCCGACAAAACAACAGUUACAUGACGUCUUCUACCCCAUGCCUGGUGUCCUUAGAGGUGAUAAGGCUUUUUACCCCUCUGUCCCUGCCGUUAUGCCUGGAGUAGUGGAGAUACUGAUGAGUCUGGAGGUGGUGGGUGUGUGAGUAGUUGAGAUGUCUUGGUGUAGUGGAGACAGUGAUGAGUCUGGAGGUGGUGGAUGUGCCAGUAGUUGAGAUGUCUUGGUGUAGUGGAGACAGUGAUGAGUCUGGAGGUGGUGGAUGUGCCAGUAGUUGAGAUGUCCACGCCUGGAGUAGUGGAGAUACUGUCGAGGCUGGAGUUGGCGGGCGUGCCCCCAGGGGGUGCCCCUGACACCCCUCAUUCUCUCGCUGACAUGGGUACAGGCAACACCGUCUCGCUCACCGUGCGCGUCCGCGUGCACGUCCCCGGGCGCUGCAAGCGUCCAGAUCGCGUCCGAGUCAUCGUGAAGGAGCGCGGCGCGCUCUUCUUCGCCUACAAGCGCAAGCUGAUGUCCAUCCCCCUGGAGGAGGGCGGCUGGAGGCUGAGGGAGGAGGAGGAGGGGGAGGAGGUGAGGUACAACGAGGCGGCCGCGGCCGCGUCCCUCAAGCUGGGGAAGUUGAUGCGGAAGGCCGAGGACCAGCGGCUCGCCCUGCAGCUGUACUGCCUGCGCGGCCGCGCCGUGCAGCACAAGGCGCUGGGCGGCCUGGCGCGGCUCAUGCGGCAGGCGCGUGACAACGAGCUGCUCCUCGCCCUGCACUACCCCGGCUGUGCCCGCCGCGAGCACCCGUUGUUCCCGGCGGGGCCCGGGGGAAGCCUGGCGCGGCCGGCGGCGGAACAAAGGGCCGGCGUGGCCAGCCUGCCUGCAGAGCCUGGCCCGCUGCUGCUGCCCGCCGUCCAGGAGGGGGUGCAGGCCAGCCCUGCGAGUGUUGCGCCCCGUGCCAGGGAGCCGCCGCCGCCCCGCCCCGUCCGCUUCCCCGACUCUGGGUCCGUCUUCGCCGAGCUGCUGCGGGAACAUGACCUCCUGGAGGAGGCUGCGGCCAAGAGGGCGGCAGAGGAGAGGGAGGCGGCGCGGGCGCCGGCCGGCAGCUGUUCGGCGGACUCACCGCGGCCGACGACAGGGAAAGGAAAGGAAAAGACCAGGAAAAGUAGCCACGCUAAGGAAAGCAAAGCCGGAAAAACAAGAAAAGCAAGGAAAGGAAGAGAACAACACAAACAGGACAGGAAAGACCGGCGCCUGGAGCGGCUCCUGCAGCUGGCGCACGCCGAGGAGCGGGACAACACCGUCCACCGACCCGGCUGUCCCCACCGAAUAGCCCCGCCCCGCCCCGUCCGCUUCCCCGACUCGGGCUCCGUCUUCGCCGAGCUGCUGCAAGACUUUGAGCUCCGGGCCGCCCAGGAGGAGGCGGCGGCAGAGGAGAGGGAGGCGGCCAGGAGGGCAGCAGAGGAGCGGGCGGCGGACACGUCUGCUCUUAGGCGGGGACUGCAGCACGUGCCGACGGCGGCAGCAGCCCUGCUGUGGGUCGUCGCGGUGACUGUCGUGCGGGCGCUGCUGCCCACGCCGGUGGCGGUGCUCCUGGUGGGGUUCUGCGUCUGGCUGGCCAUGGGGAUGCCUGCCCUUUGGCCCGACGGCCCCUGGGGCCCUGAGCGGGCGGCCCCGGAGCCGCGACGCUUCAUCCCGCUGCCGCCCGGCCCGCCGCCUCACGCCCCGAGGCCGACGGCGAGGAGAAGAAGGGAAAACACCCGGGGAGCUAGAUACGCCUGCGGCAGCAAGGCCCGAAGAAUGAGAACAAGAAGGAAGACAACUGGAAAACACGCACGGAACAGGAAAGGCCGGGAAAGUAACGCCAGAGAGAGGAAUAAGGGAGGAAAAACACGGAACAAAGCUGAGGAAGGCAAGUUCGGCUGAACAGUAAAGCAAGACAAAGGUUGAAACAGGUCACCGUGAGGCGCGGCUCAGGCCGGGGCCGCGCGGGGACUCCCCUGGCUCUCCCCUGGCUGACAUGUGCGCCGCCCGCCUCGGGGCCCGGGUUCGAAUCCCGGGCGGAGUGUUCGGAGGAUUUGUUCUUCCGAACAGAUUAAUUUUUGUCCUUCUUCGAGAAGUGGACCCCCCCGACGACAGGAGGAAGGACAGAAAAGACGCGCGAAACAACAAAAUCAAGAAGUAAAGCAAGGAAAAAAGUCAAACACGAGGUAAAACAGGAAAACUGACCCAACACGAGCACAGGAAGAUGUGAUGACAAGGAAGAAAAGAAGACAGCCAAGAAGCCGCACGAGGAACAGUGUCGCGGAGAGUGUGAGGACCAGCGUGUGGAAGUUACCAGCCGGGCAGGACACGCUGCAGUGUUUGUGUUUAUAGAAGGGUGAAGGGCUUUAAUAAGGGUGUGUUAGCAGUGUUGAGAGAGCCGGGCAGGACACGCUGCAGUGUUUGUGUUUAUAGAAGGAUGAAGGGCUUUAUUAUGGGUGAUGUUUAAUAAUGUUUUGAUGGGAAUAGAACCGGUAGGACACGUCGCAAUGGGUUUAUGUUUAUAAAAGGGAAUGCUAAUAAGUUUUUGGUGGUAAGAGAGCCGGGCAGGUCACACAGCAAUGGGUUUGAGUUUAUGAAUGGAUGAAAGGGUUUUAUAAGGAUGGUGUUAAUAAGGUUCUGAAGGACAAGAGAGUCGGGCAGGACACGUAGCAAUGGGUUUGAGUUGGAUGAGUGGCACAGGCCUGGCAGGCGUGUUGUGAGCGCCAAUAUGGUGGAUGCAUUCAAGAGGAGGUUAAUUAAGUUCAUGAACAGUGAGGUUAGGUUCACAGGAACUGCCUUGUAUAGACCUACCGGCCUCCUGCAGACUCCUUAUGUUCUUAUGUUCUUCUUAUAUUCUGAAAACUACAUCCUAUUACUGUACUCUCUCUCUCUCUCUAUUGGACUGUUCUAUCACUUUCUUCCUUUUUUAGUUUUGAUUUUUUUUCUCUACCUUUAUCAUUUUGUCCUGUUAUCAGUCUCCCCUUCUCUUUUUGGUACAGUUUUCUUUGUUUUCUUUUCUUUUAUUUAUUUAUUUUUCCUCUG